AUGGGAUCCAGCGCCUCCGCCUCCGCUCACAGAGGGCUCUUGGCGAACGCUGCACAAGAUGACCUCAACGACUUCGUUCAAAGCCUCUCCGAGGAAGCCCGCAGCAAUCUGACCACGGCGCUGCAGCUGGUGUCCCAAUCUGUGGGUGCAGAGGCAGAUCCCAGCACUCAGGACGAGGCGAAGAAUGAGCAGCUCCUUCGCGAGGAUCUCAAAAGUUGUCGCUUGGCGCUUGGAGACCUACAUGAGGACACCUUGGCCUCUCUUGUGCUACUGGCAAGGUUUCUCAAGGACAAAGAGCGGUGUGAGGAGGCGGAGCCCCUGUUCCGUGAGGCAUUGCAUGGCCGUCGCGAGAAACUUGGAGACCUUCAUGACGACACCUUGGACUGUCUUGUAAGAUUGGCGGAGUUGCUCAAGGACACAGAGCGGUUUGGAGAGGCGGAGCCGCUGUACCGCGAGGCCUUGCGUGGACGCCGUUCCAAGCUUGGCGACAGUCAUGCGGACACGCUGAGCUGCAUCUAUGGCCUGGCUGGCUUGCUGAAGAAGACGGGGCAACUGGACGAGGCAGAGCAGCUCUUUCGCGAGGAGCUCGAAGGCUGUCGCGUGAACCAUGGAGCCCAGCAUGAGGACACCUUGGCUUCUCUUGUAAACUUGGCGAUGUUUCUCGAGGACAAAGAGAGGUAUGAGGAGGCGGAGCCGCCGUACCGCGAGGCCUUGCGUGGCCGCCGUUCCAAGCUCGGCGACAAGGAUCCGAAAACGCUGAAGUUAGUCUAUAACCUGGCCGACUUGCUGAAGAAGACGGGCCAACUGGACGAGGCAGAGCAGCUCUUUCGCGAGGAGCUCGAAGGCUGCGCCUUGCCAUCGUUCAGCAGAGAGACCUAUGGGAGCACUAUGGGCGGGCGGUGGGACUUGCUUGUGCCCAUGCUUGUGUCCAUGCUUGUGCCCAUGCUUGUGCCCAUGCUUGUGCCCAUGCUUGUGCCCAUGCUUGUGCCCAUGCUUGUGCCCAUGCUUGUGCCCAUGCCAGAAGUAGCAUCAAGAUACAUCAAGUACCCCCUCCGCAGCAGCCUGAACAACCUUGCUGUGCUGCUCAAGGAGGAGGGGUGUUCGGGAGAAGCGGAGCCGCUGUACCGCGAGGCCUUGCGUGGCCGCAGGAGCCCCAGAGGCCGCUCCAAGCUGGGCGACACUCAUCCGGACACGCUGAGCAGCAUCUAUAGCCUGGCCGCCUUGCUGAAGCAGAUGGGCCAACUGGACGAGGCAGAGCAGCUCUUUCGCGAGGAGCUCCAAGGUCGCGUGAAUCAUGGAGCCCAGCACGACGACACCUUGGCCUCUUUUGAAAACUUGGCGGAUUUUCUCAAGGACUCGCUGCCGCGCUGCUAG